GUGUAUGUAUCACAAAUUAUUCUUGUUUAUAUGUCCCGAAUAUAUGAACUUGUGAUUUUGUCACUCGUUUGGACAUUGUUUAGUGAUAUGUCUUUAUACCCUUCUCUCGAAGAGUUAAAAGUACAGCAUAUUAUUGACAGUCAAAGCAAUGGACCUUCAAAUGCGCAGUCUGACUGUCAAAGACCAAUGUCACAAAUUAACCCCACUCUAUCUGGAAAUUGCAAUAUGGAUAAUAAUAUAUCUUCUUACAACAUCGGUGGUAGACCUGUUACCUGUGGAUCUACAAUAUCUGGCAUUUUUCCUCAAUCUGGUAUGGGCUGUGGGGUCAAUUCAAUGUCAAUUGCUCCUUUUAUACCAAGCGGAGCGCUUUGUUUACCGCUUCCAGCACCAUUUGAUUGCGUAGAUAUAAAACCAGGAGUUAGACUUGUUACUCUUUGUAAAAAUGAAUUCGGUAAAGUCGGAAUUCAGCUUAAAGAAAUACAGAAAGGUAUAUUUGUUUCAUUUGUGGAAGGAUUUUCACCAGCUGCACUUGGCGGUGUGCGUUUUGGAGAUCAAGUCCUGGAAAUUAAUGAUAUUCUAGUUACAGGUUGUUCAGGGACAAGAUCAAUGGAAAUAUUGAAAAGUUCAACUCCUAACAACAUAAAACUUGUAUUACGUGACCGUCCAUUCGAACGUGUUAUUACUGUGCAUAAAGAUAGUUUAGGUGCAAUUGGUGUACAUGUUCGCAAUGGUUUAAUUAAAGCAAUUGUUAAAGACUCAAGUGCUGCACGUAAUGGUUUAUUAACUAAUCAUCAAAUUAUUGAAAUUAAUGGACAAAAUGUUGUUGGUUUAAAGGAUAAAGAUUUAUUACAACUUAUGGAGGAAUCAAAAACUCCAAUGAAAGUUACGAUUAUACCAAAGACAUUUUAUGAUAAAUUAACUAGAAGUCUUCCAACUGGACAAUUACGAUUACAAAUGGAUCGUUCAUUACCUUUUGUUUAAAUAUACAUAUAACAAUUACAGAUAUUUCUAUUCAGUAUUUAUUUUCAUUAAAUUAACAAUGUGCUAAUGAUCAUGAUAAUGAUGUUAUGAUCGAAAUAAAACGAUGGAUUCAUUGAGAUUUAUCUUCCUUACUGAAUUUGUUCGUGAACAAUUCAAUGAUCUUCUUUUACUUAUUUCCUUUAGUUUAUUCUUCAAAAAAAGUGUUUCUAUUUGAAUUAUUUUGCACGAUUGUUAACAAUGAUGUUAGUAAUAAUGGGAAGUAUUAGGAUCACACUGAUAAUUGAUUAUACUUAACAUUGGGUACAAACAUACUCAAGUAUUAUUACCAUUAUUAUUAUUAUUAUUAUAUCAUUUCUAUAGUAUUCAUGACAAGACAGAGAGUAUUUUUCAUUUCACUGUUUGCUUGUUUAUUCUUGAUUUUUCCAUUUUUGUAAUUUUUCUCUUCAUUAAUCUCAGUAAAUUAUGAUUGAGUUAUGA